GGCAGAGCUCAGUCAUGUUCCCUAAAGGUAAAAGCCCAGCUUCACCGUCCGACUGCCAAGCGAGAGAAAAGUUGGCGUUGUACGUCUACGAGUAUCUGUUACACAUCGGGGCUCAGAAGUCGGCACAGACCUUUUUAUCAGAGAUCAGAUGGGAGAAGAACAUAACGCUGGGCGAGCCUCCAGGGUUCCUACACUCAUGGUGGUGCGUAUUCUGGGACCUGUACUGCGCCGCACCAGAACGGAGGGACACGUGCGAACACUCCAGCGAGGCCAAAGCUUUUCAUGAUUACAGCGCAGCGGCAGCGCCCAGCCCUCUUCUGGGCAACAUGCCACCCGGAGAUGGCAUGCCAGGUGGACCCAUGCCUCCAGGCUUCUUCCAGGGUCCGACCGGCUCGCAGCCUUCCCCUCACGCUCAGGCUCCACCUAACGCUAACAUGAUGGGAGCUCACGGACAGCCCUUCAUGUCGCCUCGUUAUGCAGGAGGACCUCGGCCGCCCAUCAGGAUGGGAAACCAGCCUCCAGGAGGGCAGCCUUUACCCCCGAAUGUAAUGGACCCAACACGACCUCCAGGACAUCCAAACCUGGGACCCAUGCAGAGGAUGAACAUACCUCGUGGGAUGGCACCUAUGGGACCCGGACCACAGUCUGAUCCCUGGUUAUCAUUGCAGAACUACAGCGGCGGCAUGAGACCCCCAAACUCCAUGGGCCCCAACAUGCCAGGAGUUAACGUGGGACCAGGAGGUGGACGACCGUGGCCUAAUCCUAACAACACAAACACAAUCGCGUACUCGUCCUCAUCCCCCGGCGCAUACGCGGGACCACCAGGAGGCGCCGGAGGAGGCUGUCCACCGGGAACACCCAUCAUGCCAAGUCCAGCAGAUUCCACCAACUCUGGUGAGAACCUGUACACGAUAAUCAACUCCAUCCCACCAGGAGGCGCCAGAUCCAGCUUUCCACUGGGUCCGGACGGGCCAAUGGGAGGGCUGGAACCGCAUCACAUGAACGGAUCGUUAGGCUCGGGCGACAUAGAUGGACUUUCCAAGAACUCUCCGAAUAACCUGAGCAGUCUGAGUAACCCGCCCGGCACCCCGAGGGACGACAGCGAUUUAGGAGGGAACUUUCUGCACUCAUUCCAAAACGAGACCUAUUCUCCGACGAUGACCAUGAGUGUGUGAUCUGUGAGAGAACCAGCGCUCCCAGUGGCUCCGACCCGCCGACCCACCGACCGCACCAGAGACGAUUAGACGAUUAAUAUAAUCCCGGACGUCCGGUCGCCCGAGCGCUCCUCUUUUGUACAGUUUAUUUUUCGAAUGCAGUUUUUUAAUUCUCACCUUUUAACUGGACAUUUGCGAGACGUGGCCGUUAUCGGGCCGGCGGAGUGGACGAAACCAAAUACAGAACUACGGGACUUCUACCCAGCAUUCCAGCAGGUCGAGCGUGAGGAGGCUCGCCUGUGGCAAAAAUUACGGCUGCACUGAAGCGGCGUCCAGAACUAAAUCCACGUGAUUCUUCCGAGGACUCUGUUUUUUGUUUAUAUAUAAAUAUAGAUUAUUAAGACGUGCCCAAGUCCCCACGUUCUGUUUAAACACAGCGUACUGAAUCCUCAUACACGAUUAUUCCUCCGGUCGGCUGGUAGAUUUUGUAUUAUUGUUUAUUAUUAAUCUGGUCGUUUUAACAGUGUGAUGAUUUUAUUCUGCCCACCUGAAGACAAUCUUUUAUAAAAUAUUAAAUAUUCAUCUGGUGUCAGAUUCACUACGGUGUUUCACUUACUGAAGACGAAACAAGCUGGCAUAGUGACCAUAAAGAAAUACCAAGGGUCUUUAUGACGCUCACUCACAGGGGGACCUCUUUAAACACCUUGUUUUCUUUUUAUGGAAGAUUUUCACGGGCGGCACGGUGACUUGGUAGGUUGCACUGUCGCCUCACAGCAAGAAGGUCCUGGGUUCGAUCCCCAGGUGGACCGGUCCGGGUCCUUUCUGUGUGGAGUUUGCAUGUUCUCCCCAUGUCUGCGUGGGUUUCCUCCGGUUCUCGUCCGUAAGGUCGCCGAUGGGUUCAGAUCUCCUCUCUGGACGUAGCAGGUUCGCUGUAUUAUAUUUCUUCUGCCAGCACAAUGUACUGUUUACAUUUCAUCUGUAGCAAAGCUAAAGCGAAGCGUUUUAAAAGUAUAUAGACGCCUAGUGCAAUUUUACUGAUUAAAUUAUUUGACUGUCCGUAUGAGGGAAUGCAGCUCUUGUUUCUGACUCCUCCUGUUCUGAUAAUAAACUUGUAUAAACACA